ACUAUGGUAUUACUUCUAGUGUUAUAGUAUUGUGGACUAUCUUCAAGUGAAGUUCCCCAAAAGCCUAAGAAAAGAAAAGUAAAAUUUAUUCACCAUCUUUUGAUGCAAAAAGGCACUAUUUGCAAAAAGUUUACAAAGAUUUGGUAAACUCACCCAAUCUCUCUCCAUUGAUUAGAAAAAAGAGAGUGUAUUAGUACUAUCAGAGUCACUAGUCAAAACUCAAAAGGGUUAAUCUUUAUUUAGUGGCAACAUUAUUUAUGGGUUUUGUUAGCAAGUCUUCAUAUCUCAUAAUUACUUCUUCUCUGCUUAUAUUCAGAGAGAUUUAUUGUGUUUUGUUCUGAUUUUCUUCUUAUGGAGUUUUCCUGAAAUACAAACAAGACAAAGUGCAUGUUUCAGAGAUUUCUAAGCCCUAAUUUUGGUGGGUUUUUUGCACAAUUUAUAUUGGUGGGGUUUCUGCUAUUCUGGUGAUUUUCUUCAUAUUCACAUUGAGAGAUGGGGUUUGAAGAAAUUGGGGAUGGGAAAUUGCUGGAACUCAGAAUGAUUCCAAGGCACAAACGUUCAAUGAGCUUUCCGGAUAAAAGAAGAGUUGAGAAUGGCUUGGAUGAUUCCCUUGAAGAAUCACCUCCUCUAAAGUUGGACAUGGGACGGUUUAGAGGCUCUUUGAAGACGAAUAAACAGCAAUCUCCAAGGGUUGAUACUCAGGGUUCACUGAAACAAGAGAUUCUACAACUGGAGAAAAGAUUGCAGGAUCAAUUUGUUGUUCGCCGUGCUUUAGAAAAAGCAUUAGGUUUUGGGUCGUCUUCUUAUGAGUCUAACGAGUCUUCUCCAGUCCUUAAGCCUGCAACCGAAUUUAUAAAGGAAAUCGCGGUGCUGGAACUGGAAGUUGGGUAUUUGGAGCAGUACCUUCUAUCACUGUACAGAAAAGCUUUUGAUCAGCAGAUAUUAGCUGUUUCUCCAACUGUGAAGGAUCAUCAAGCAUCGUCAACAUCUCCAACUGUCAAGAACAAGAUAUCUUGUAUAUCGCCUACGGUUAAUGAUCAAAAGCUCUCGUCUCCUGCACUGGUGUCAAGGCGAUUGUUUGUAGAUGAAGAUGCAGCUGAGACAGCUACAAAGGUUGAACACUCGGCAUUUUUAUAUGUUCCUAAGACGCUUUCUAAUACACCUAAAGAACCUAAUGAUAGCAAGAUUCUUGAUUCUAAUGUCCAUCGCUGCCACUCCUCUCUAUCACAUCGUACUGCACUCCCUACAAGGCCUUCUCAAGACUCUGUGGCUAAAGCUUUGCAUGCAUGUCAUUCUCAGCCCUUGUCCAUGUCGGAGUAUGCUGCUUCAAACAUCAUCAGUCUAGCAGAUCAUCUUGGCACGCGUAUUUCAGACCAUGUUCCAGAGACACCAAACAAGAUUUCAGAAGAAAUGGUGAAGUGCAUGGCAGCCAUAUUUUGCAAAUUGGGAGAGCCGCUUGCAGCAAACAACGGUCUAUCGUCACCUAAUUCUUCAUCGUCUUCAAUGGAUGCGUUUUCUCCUCAAUAUCAUUGUGACGUGUGGAGCCCAGGUUUCGGGAAAGAUUCAUCGUUUGAUGUGUGUCUAGAUAAUCCAUUCAACGUGGAAGGGCUUAAGGAGUUUAGUGGUCCUUAUAGCACUAUGGUUGAAGUCCCAUUUAUACAUAGAGAAAGUCAGAAAUUGGUAGAUGUAGAGUAUAUGUUGCAGAAUUUUAGGUCACUCACCUGCCAACUUCAAGAAGUAGAUGCGGCGAAAUUGAAACAUGAGGAGAAGCUUGCAUUCUGGAUUAAUGUUCAUAAUGCUUUGGUGAUGCAUGCAUAUCUAGCGUAUGGGAUUCCGCAGAACAAUGUGAAGAGAGUCAUCUUACUUUUGAAGGCUGCCUACAACGUUGGAGGUCAUACUAUAAGCGCGGACACCAUUCAAAGUUCUAUCCUGGGUUGUAGAAUGUCUCGGCCUGGGAAGUGGCUACGGAUGUUACUUUCCCCAAGGACGACAAAACUCAAAUCCGGAGAUAACCGUCUGGCCUACGCACUCGAGCAUCCCGAGCCACUACUACAUUUUGCACUUUGUUCAGGAAGCCACUCUGAUCCUGCUGUUCGAGUAUAUACCCCUAAACGAGUGUUGUUAGAGCUUGAAACAGCGAAAGAUGAGUACAUCCGUGCUACCUUUGGGGUGAACAAAGAUCAGAAAGUAGUGUUACCAAAGGUAAUUGAGUCAUAUGCUAAAGAUUCUAAUUUGUGCUCGGUUAGUAUCAUUGAAAUGAUCCAACAUUCAUUGUCCGAUUCACUAAGAAAGUCUCUUAAGAAAUGUCAAUCUGGAAAAUCUCGCAAGAACAUCGAAUGGAUGCCUCAUAAUUUUACCUUCCGCUAUUUGAUAUCAAAGGAAUUGGUGAAGUGAUCUUAAUGUGCCCUUUUAUUCACGAUCUACCCUUAGUCCUUUGAAAUAUACUCCUAUUUUGCUAUUAUCAGGAGAAAUUUUCGUAUAAGCGCUUGUGAGAGACUGUCUCUCGGUGAGGCGAAUUCAAAACAAGAAACUCAUGCUAAUAAUUAUAUUAGUUGGACUAUUCAACCCAUGUAUGAACAACGGCUCACGGCAAGUCUGUCUCACACAAGAAUUUGUAGUCGUGUAAUUUUAUUCUUUUGUGUAAUAUUUCUGGUUUUGUACAUUAUUAGAGGUUAGUUCUAGGGAGUAUAGAAGGUGGCAAGCUUCCCCUUUGUGUAAAUGCAUUUAUUUAGUGCAAGUAUAUUGCUUCUUCUGUUUGAUACUUCUUUUUUUUGAAGUGUUCUUAUGUUUGAUAUUGAGGCAAAUGGAAUAAUAUUUUAAGUAAUUCUAAUUGAUUUAA